AUGGGUGUAGAUAUCAACAAUUUCUUGUUCUGUCAAGCACACGGAAGCGAAGUCUGCCAUAUCUGUGGCUGUGAUUAUCGUGAGGGCAAUGUUACCCAGAUAGAGAUAGCGGAUAAGCUUGAUGACUUGCCGGAUACCUUUAAUCUCUAUGAACGCAUGCCCAUAAACGCCUUUCAGAAGGGUGCAAUUUAUCAUGCAGGUGGAAAGUACAAAUGUACAAUGCACGGAGUCAUCAACUGUCAGAACUGUUUCAAUUGGAUUGAGCUCAUCCGUGCUGAGGCAGAAGAUGCUGUAAGGACUCAGCACUGGCUCGAGAAAAGGAAGAAGUGGUUGGACAAGGUUGAUCCUUGA